AAACUUCCCCAUUGCUGUGAAAAGGAACCAGUUAUAAUAGACCUUUUGCCUGGAACCCCAUACAAUAAGCAGGUUGCGAAUUGCUGCAAAGGUGGAGUAGUUUCGUCCAUGACUCAAGACCCAAAAAAAUAUAUCUCUGCUUUUCAGAUGAGUGUUGGAAGUUCUGAUACAAAAGGUUCUGGCCCCGGAAUUCCUGUAAAUUUCACUCUUGGACUCCAAGGAUAUACUUGUGGAGAACCAUUUCAAGUCCCUCCAUCUAAAUUUUCCGAAGAUCAAGGACGUAGAAGGACACAAGCUCUUGCGACUUGGAAUGUGACGUGCUCUUAUUCCCAGUUUAGAGCUUCUGUGGCACCAACAUGCUGUGUUUCGUUCUCAGCAUUCUACAAUGAUACCAUAAUUCCAUGCCAAGACUGCAGCUGCGCUUGCCAAACUGGUGCAAAAUGUGUAAAGGCUGGGGAUCUGCCACCAGUAUUGCAGCUACCGCACAAUGAACCACCAGAACCAGUGUUGCAAUGUAGUGAUGAUAUGUGCCCUAUAAGAGUGCACUGGCAUGUGAUGCAAAGUUACAGAGAGUACUGGAGAGUCAAAAUUACAGUGACAAAUCUAAAUUACGUCAAGAAUUACAGUCAGUGGAACUUGGUGGUUUUACACCCUAAUCUCCAAAGCGUUACGCGGGUUUUCAGUUUCAACUAUAAGCCCCUCAACCAAUAUGGCGAUAUAAAUGAUACUGGAGUGUUUUAUGGGAUUCAACAUUACAAUGACAUGCUGCUGCAGGCAGGAGUAAAUGGAAAUGUGCAGACAGAAAUGAUACUGCACAAAGAUCCAGGGAUUUUCAGUUUCAGAGAAGGGUGGGCAUUUCCCAGAAAGAUAUCAUUCAAUGGUGAACAAUGUGUAUUGCCCUCACCGCAAGAUUACCCCAGGCUUCCAAAUGCUGCACAGUCUUAUGCACCGGCAGUCUCCUGUAUAAUUCUUUCAUUAUUGCUGCUCCAAGUUACUGUAAUGUAAUUUUUCCUUCAAAUAUAUAUAAUAGAUGAUCCUCAUUAAAAUA